AUGGACCAAAAGGACAAGAAAGACGAGUUCUCGGACCUCGAGGUGGUUGUCGACAACUCAUCCACAUUAUCAUCCUCCUCCUCUGUGCCGCCGCCACCGCGUCGGUCCUACUGGAACGAGAAGUUCCUUGCCGUCCCCGACAGCCCACCACCACCCAAAGCAAAGAGUGCCAAGGAUGAAGAAGCCGGCCUGGAAUACCCCUUCUCAGCCGACACGCUGACCGCACCACCGCCAGCAUAUUACUUUGUCGACGCCAAGGGACAGAAGCAGGCUCUCUACACCGUGCCCAGCAACGGCUCCGACGCCGCGUCGAUCGCGAGCUUCAAGGGCAGCUACAACAAUGCCCAGGGAGGAUGGUGGCGGUCGCUGGGCGAGGGGCGGCGGAUCUGCGGCCUGCGCAAGAACGUCUUCCUGGCGGUCAUGGCGGGGGGGUGUUUCCUAGUAUUCGGCGUCCUCACCACGACGCUGCUCCUCACGCUCGGCCGCAACCGCCCGCACAGCAACGGGCCCAGCCCCCAAUUUUCGACCCUGGAACUGCUGAGCCAGAAGGACAGCGGGCCUGUCCUGGCGGCCUCGGACCUGGCUGCUAUGAACUGGACGGACCCGAGCGCCGGCACGCCGUACGCUGGGGUCGUGUACCAGUCCUCCGGCGACACGGGCGCCGCCCUCAUGAUGGCGGUGAAGAACGAGGCGACGCAGGCGUGGAGCAAGAUGAACAUCUCGGCGGCUGUGCCUGAAGUGGCCGACGCCAUCCUGCCCGGCACGCCUCUUGCGGCGGCGACCGACGGUGGCAUGUGGAACGUCUAUUAUGUGGACAAGUCUCUGAGCAUAGCAGAGGUGUACUCGGCGGACCCGACCAACUCUACGAGCUGGAGGCAGGGGUCUUUCAGCGCCGCGCUGGCCCGCCCUACUAUUCAGCCCGGUUCCCAGCUGAGCGCCAUGUGGCAGCAGCAGUGCGCCAGCUGCGACAACGCGCUCUUUGUGAUGUGGCAGAGCAACCAGGCGGAUAUCGUCAUAGCCAACAUGACGAACGGCGUGUGGGGACAGCCUGCCAUUGUUGCGAGCGACGCGGCGCCGGGGUCUGGUGUGGCGAUCAGUGCCUUUACGGACAGUGGGUCGGAGGUGACGACCGGUGCGGAUCCCAACGCCAUCAGGAUGUAUUAUGAGCAGAACGACGGGUUGAUGGAGGUCAUGAAUGGACCCAGUACUGGCGGACAAAUGAAGACUGGCAACUCUGGCGACCCCAUCAAGGAUGAUCUCUCCGUCCGGCCCUCGCCCAAGCUGGCCAGCACAACCUUUGGAACAGACGGGUCAGGCCUGACCAACAACGUCGUCACCUUCAUCGACCCUUUCAAGGGUGCCCUGACCACGGCCGCGUGGAAACCUCAAGGCGAUUGGGUCGUGGCGGGUCCCCAGCUGAGCGGAGGACCUAUUGACCUCGAGGAGCAAGGCUUCUCGUCCGUCGCUCAGACGCAGGAGACAAAGGUCUAUUUAUACAGCCCCGGCAAGAGCGAGAUCCAUGAGUAUGCCGUGAACUCGACCGACGUGUUUGUCUGGACGUGGACGGAUAAGGUCCAGUGUUGA